AUGGUUCGCUCCUACAUUGAGAAGCCCAACUGUAUAAUUUUAGCAAUUUCACCUGCUAAUCAAGAUCUCGCUACAUCUGAUGCAAUUAGAAUCUCUCGUGAAGUGGAUCCAGCAGGGGAGAGGACACUUGGAGUCUUAACGAAGAUUGAUCUUAUGGACAAGGGUACUGAUGCAGUUGAAAUAUUGGAAGGAAAGUCAUAUCGGCUAAAAUUUCCUUGGGUUGGGGUUGUGAAUCGCUCACAAGCAGACAUUAACAAGAAUGUUGACAUGAUUGCUGCCCGGCGUAGAGAACGCGAGUAUUUUUUUACUACCCCAGAAUACAAGCACCUUGCUCCAAGAAUGGGUUCUGAGCAUCUAGCAAAAAUGCUUUCUAAGCAUUUGGAAACAGUAAUUAAGUCGAAAAUCCUGGGGAUCCAGCCCCUCAUUAGCAAGACCGUUGCUGAACUUGAAGCUGAACUGAGUCGCCUUGGAAAGCCCAUUUCUGCAGACGCUGGAGUAAGUUUGCUUUAUUUCUUGUAG